CAAAAUCGUAUAACCGUAUUUCACAACAGACGUUCCAAGAACUGGUCGAUUACGAUUACGACGAAGUCCACCCGACCAUAAUCCGCCAAAGAAUUGUUCGUUUAUUGAACACCGUCCUGUUUGAAGAAUAUCUAGUAGUAGACGAUCAAAUUCGGCUCAUUAAUUUCACCUACAAAAGAUUCGUUGGAACCCACACCAACGAGCAGAACAAUUCCGACAACGAGGAUCCAGAAGAAAAUGAUUCCAACGAGUAUUACUCCGAAACAAUCGACGCCGGAACGCAGACCGAAGGGAGUGACGAAGAAAGAAGAUCCGAAAGAUCAAUUGAAGACGGGGAUCUAAUCGAUUUCUUUAGUCCAGAAAACCCACACACCGACGACGAAGAAGAAAUAAUCUAUAUCGAGGAAACAAUUAUCAACGAAGAUAGUGAUACAAGCCAAACCGACGAAGAACAAGACGACGAACCCGAGCAGAGAGAAAGUCCAUCUCACGAACAAGAAAACAUGGCCAACGUUAACGACGUGUUGAACGCCGACACAUCAGUACUGGGUGUUCAAAAUCGAUUCCCACCAACAGUUACCAGCAAAAUCGAGGGAACGGUUGGCGAGAUCGCAAUAAUGCGAAUAAUGGGAAUCCGUAUCCGCAAAACAACAUCAAACCAAAUGCAUCAA